UGACAGUCUAUGUUUGACAGUUUCGUUCAGUUCGACAGUAGCAAUGUGUCGGUAAAAUUUGUUUUGUUGAAAUUUUCCUUACAUUUCUUCAAAAUUUAGUUUAAUUUAAAUGUAGAAACGUGCCCGUGCCUAUUUUUGCAUCUAGUUUAUUUGUGCGUUAGUUAGUUAAUCAAAAAUGGUCUUCCCAAAAACGACACCCCUUCAAAACCAAUCAAGAGCGAUUUUAAAACUCCUUGACAAGAAUUUAGUUAAUCGGGAGUACGUCGAGUAUCAAUUUAUUCAACAGAGCCAAAUUCCAACCUCACAUUUCCAAUCAGCAUUACCGCGGCUUCCAAUUCCUGAAUUAAAAUUAACAUGUGAACGGUAUUUGGCGGCUCAGCGGCCUUUAUUAAUCGAUGAGUCGUACAAAAAAACCGAAGCUAAUGUCUAUCGAUUCCGGGACGGGGUUGGGAAGCAAUUACAAAAAUUUUUGAAAGACUAUGACAAUAAGAACAAGCACACGAGCUAUAUAAGUGAAUUAUGGUUUGAUAAAUAUUUGAGAUCGCGAAGUCCGUUACCACUAAAUUGCAACCCGGUGUUGGUCUUAAACAAUGACGAUAAACCGGAAUAUAACGAUCAACUCAUCAGAACAACAAAUUUGAUUGUCAGCUCUUUGAGAUUUUACCGUGCCUUAAAGUCGGAGUUAUUACAUCCGGAAAUUUUCCAUUUGAAUCCGAAGAAAAGUGAUACUGAACGACUGAAUCUCAUUUUGAGUAAAUUACCGCCGAAACUGGCCUAUGUUUGUGCCUAUUUUUACAAGGCGUUUCCUUUGGAUAUGAGUCAAUAUCCGAGUUUAUUCCAAACAACUCGUAUUCCAGAGUGUGAUAAGGAUAGACUUGUUAACUGUCCGGAGUCUAAACAUAUUACAGUACAGUACAAAGGUCGUUUCUAUGCUUUCAAAGUAUUAACUGUUAGCAAUGACAUCGUCACACCCACACAAAUAAUGGAGAAUCUUAAAUUCAUCCUCAGUGAUAAUAUAGAAUCUGAUAAGUUUCCAAUUGGAGUCCUUACAACACUUGAACGCAACAAAUGGGCCACAAUUCGGCAUGAAUUAGCCGAAAACGGCAACGAUGCCUUAUUAAAAACAAUUGAUUCGGCCUUAUUUCAUGUCUGUCUCGACGAAGAAACUGUUGGUGAUGACCCUUACAAAAUGACAAAACAGUUCUUGCACGCUGAUGGUGCCAAUAGAUGGUUCGACAAGUCAUUUUCUUUAAUUGUGGCGAAAGAUGGGGCUGCUGCUGUCAAUUUUGAGCAUGCUUGGGGAGAUGGUGUUGCUGUCUUGCGUUACGCUCAGGAUAUCUUCAAUGAUGCAAAAAAUAAACCAAGGGUGCAUCCAAAUACCACACUGACGGAGGGUUCUUCUUGUCAAGUUCAGCGUCUAGAAGUUCAAUUGAAUGAACAUUUGAAAAAAUGUGUUGAAGAUGCCAAAAAUUUGUAUAAAUCGGUUUGUGAUAAUCUUGAUGUCAAUUAUACGAUUUUUGAAGGGAUUGGGAAGGAUACGUGCAAGAAGAGUCAAGUCAGUCCGGAUGCGAUCAUGCAGUUGGCUUUCCAGGUGGCUUAUCAUAAAAUAACCGGUUCUUUCGUGUCAACUUACGAGUCCUGUAGCACUGCUGCCUUCAAACAUGGCCGUACUGAAGCAAUUCGUCCGUGCACGACUGCCACCAAGGAGGUUACAUUAGCCAUUAAUGCAUUGAACAAGCCGCCAGCGGCUGAGUUGAAGAAAAUGAUUCAGGAGUGCUCAACGAUUCACAAUAGGUUGAUCAAGGAAGCAGCGAUGGGUCAGGGAUUUGAUCGUCACCUUUUUGCUCUAAAAUCAAUGGGUGAAAGAAAUGAUAUUAAAAGUAAUAUUUUUGACGAUCCUGAAUUUUCGCACAUGGGUUAUGAUAUCCUAUCGACGAGUACUUUGAACUCGCCGGCGAUUUUUGCAGGGGGUUUUGGGCCAGUGGUGCCGGAAGGAUUUGGAUUGGGGUAUGUGAUUAAAGACGAGUUUUUGGGAACACUUGCAACGAAUUAUAAGGACCGUACUAAUGGACCAGACUUUAUGGCUGCUUUGACAAAGUCAUUCGAAGAAAUUUUUGCAAUUUUGCGAACCAAUUAGUUAAGCAAUGAUUUAUAUUUAUUCCGGUAUUUUUAGUUUGUAUUGUAUUCUUUUGUUUUUCUGGUUGUGUGUUCAUACAGUAUGACUAAGGUUGAUUAUUACAAAAUUAUAUAAUUUUUUAUCGUUCGUUAAUAAAUGUUUCGCAUUUUC